AUGCCCCCCAACACCCAAAGAUUCGCCAUCAUAAACGUUCACAUCUUCGACGGACACGCCAUCAGCCAGCAACCCGUGACCGUCCUCAUCAAGGGGGACAAUAUCGAGGCAAUCAAUGAUGAUUCGACAACAGCGCCGUCAGGAGGACAAGCACAAGGACAAGAAAACGGACUGGUCGAGAAUAAUGCGAUUAUCGACGGAGAAGGCGGCAUCCUCCUCCCCGGCCUGAUCGACUGCCACGUCCACGUCAAGAAGCCCGAGAGCGCGCGCAGACUCACCGAAUGGGGCGUCACCACCGCGUUGGACAUGGCGUCCUGGCCGCGGGACCUCUGGCGCUCGAUCCGCCAGUACGCGGCGAAGCGCAAUCUCGCCGAUCUCAGAACCGCAGGCGUCCCUGCGACCGCGCCGGGCAGUCGUCACAGCCAGAUGCUGCCGGGCCUGCCGGACGACGCGCUGCUGACUGGCCCAGAGCAGGCUGCAACGUUUGUCGCGAACCGGGUCAACCACGACGGGGCGGACUAUAUCAAGCUGAUUGCGGACUUCCCCAUAGGACCCAGUCAGGAGACGCUGAACGCGCUCGUCGUCGAGGCCCACAGGCACCAGAAGCUGGCCGUAGUGCACGCGGCCGUCUACCCAGCCGCGGUCAUGGCGGUGGACGCAAAGCCGGAUGUGCUCACGCACGUGCCGAUGGACCGUGCACUGGACGAAACAGUGACGAGCCGGAUGAAGAGCCAGAACAUGGUCGCAGUGCCCACGCUGUCGAUCGAGGAGUCCUUGUCCAAGAUCCUCACCAGACCGGGCGUGAAGCUGGAUUAUGCGCAUUCGCGUGCGUCCGUAGCCGCGCUGCUCGCGGCCGGAGUGCCCGUCUUCGCCGGAACGGAUGCCAACGACGGGGAAAUCGCCAAUGUCCGGCAUGGGGAGAGCCUGCAUCACGAGUUGGAGCUCCUUGUUGAGGCUGGCAUGACGCCUCUGGAUGCCCUGCGCGCGGCUACUGUCGAACCGGCCAGGUAUUUUGGGCUGCAGGACCGCGGCGUCAUCGAGCCGGGCCGUUUGGCAGACCUGAUCCUCAUUGCAGACAACCCGCUCGAGGACAUCAAGGCUACCCGGUCGAUCAAGCGGGUGUGGUGUCGGGGGACUGAGAUCAAGCGAACGCACAUCAGCCCUAAAGAGAUUAGUAGAUCUGGCUAG